UGCUGGGAUUUGACAAGAUCCCUUGGUGGGGCACCCUGCUCAUCUCGUUGGGCUUCUCUCUGCUGACCGCCACUGUUGUCUGGUUUAUUGUCUGCCCUCGCCUCAAGAAGAAGAUUGCACGAGAUAUCAAGUCUUCCAGCCCCUCAGAGAGCCCCCUGAUGGAGAAGAGGGAGCUAAGAGAGGCCCACUGUCCAAUCCUGAAACAGACUGCCAAGGAGACCUCUAUGCCCACCACCCCAGCUGUCAAUCAAAGCCCCUCUGCUCAGCCCCAGGCUGCCCCUGAGGAGCGGAGGGUGGCGUUUGACAUCGGAGAUUCUGAUGAUCUUGACAAUAAGGAACGCAAGGUGGCGUUUGACAUUGGAGAUUCUGAUGAGACGGACUACAGCAUUGCAAAUGGUGCUCCUAAACAAGUUGAAUCAGUCAGUCAGGUCCAAGUCAACAACCAGGAAGUCCACCACAGCAAUGGCUCCGCAAAUACUCCCAAUCAGGUCCAAUUCAACAACCACCCUCAGUUCAACAACAGGCCGGCGCAGAUUCCAAGUAACGGUUACAGCCAAUACCACACGGUCCACAAGGACUCUGGCCUCUACAAGGACCUACUGCACAAGCUCCACCUGGCCAAGGUUGGUGACUGCAUGGGCGAGGGGGGCGACCGACCUAUCCGACGCAACAACAGCUACACCUCCUACACCAUGGCCAUCAUUGGCAUGCACGGAGACUUCAAGCACAAAGAAGGGGAAUAUCGUGCCAGCGAGGAUGGCGACAAGGGCCCAGUGUCAGGUGGUCAGGACAGGAAGCGCGUGCGUAUGGACAGUUACACUAGCUACUGCAAUGCUGUGGCAGAGCACACGACUCCUGAAGCUCUGGGAGAGAGUGAUGUGACACUAGAAAUGGGUAAGGAGGAUGCAGGUAGCAGCCAAACCUCUCUGGAUGAUGAUGGCCUUGAAGCAGACAAGCCAGAAGUAGCGACUCUCUUCCAGUUCCUCCAAAUUCUCACCGCCUGUUUCGGAUCCUUUGCCCAUGGAGGAAACGAUGUUAGUAACGCCAUUGGGCCGUUGGUAGCUCUGUGGCUAGUUUACACAACCAGUAGCGUGACUUCAAAUGAACCCACUCCCAUUUGGCUGCUGCUGUAUGGUGGCGUUGGCAUCUGCGCUGGACUCUGGGUGUGGGGUCGCAGAGUGAUCCAGACUAUGGGCAAGGACCUUACCCCCAUCACGCCCUCAAGUGGUUUCAGCAUCGAACUGGCCUCAGCCCUGACUGUCGUGGUAGCCUCUAACAUUGGCCUGCCUGUCUCCACCACCCACUGCAAGGUGGGCUCUGUGGUUGCAGUAGGAUGGCUGCGCUCAAAGAAGGCCGUAGACUGGCGUCUGUUCAGAAACAUCUUCAUGGCUUGGUUUGUGACGGUGCCCAUUUCUGGCCUGAUCAGUGCCGCCAUCAUGGCAAUCUUCAUCUAUGGCAUCCUAUGAGUAUUUGGGCGCACCCCAAGCAGGGGAGGAGAAAGAAACCGCUCCAGUGGCACCAGACGGAAAGGAGUAGGAAGGCCAAAAUAUAUCGCUUACCUCAAGCCAACAACUUUGGAAGAAAAGGAAAAAAAAAAAUAGAAAUGUUUGGAAGGACUUGUGAUAUGGGCCUGUGGUUCUUGGCUGCAUCAUUUUCAACCUAGAAUUUGCUGUUUGUUCUAGUUGGGCAACAUUACUUCCAGGGGAAGCCUGCAUUUCUUUAUUCUGACUUGCUUUUUCAUAUCUCAUCAUUCUGUAAAGAGUUAAUCUAAAAGCAUCAACUGUUCUUUUUUUCUAAUACUGAAUCUUCCAUUUAUCUUAUUUAGCAAUUAUGUGUAUACAACCAUGCUCUUUUUAAUUUUGUUAUGUUAGAAAGAAAUGAACAAUUAAAAUGCAGUAUUAGCCUUUGCAGAUGUAACUCCAGUCAUAACACAUGCUGAAAGUAAUGUGGAUUUUUAGGUGAGGAAUGAGGUUAUUGGUGUGCAUGUGCGUGUUUUCCGCCAGUUCAAAGUAUUUAUUAAUGAAUUCAUGUUUUGCAUUUGGCUUCCUUGUAUCCCCUAAACUGGGACAUUACUUUUCCUCUUGUUAUAGAACAACAUUCAACUCUAAAUUCAGAGAGGUUGGUUACAGUGUUUUCUACCAUUACUUUAAAUUAUGCGAUCACAUUAACAGCACUGCAGUUUUAUCUAUGUGACACACACAUCGGAGUAAUUUACAAUGGUAGAAGCACGAAUCGUACGCACUGGAUGACCACCUGCAGAAUGAUAUGUGAAAUACUGUAUCAUUAGCAUAAAAAGUCAGCACACUUCUGGUAGGAAAUGACAACGCCCUGAUAGUUUAAGUCAGUGAAAUAUCUGUGAUCCAGGUGUUUCAUGUGAAUCCCUUGAGGCUCUACAUUCUUGAUCAGCGCACACACAUCUGCCUGAAAUAACAUGGUUACUUUAAUUUGAGAACUGCAACAAACCAGAAUGUCAAAUGAUGCAAAAACAUGCUCUCAAACAAGACCUUAAGUCUCCUGUUAAAACUUGAUUGCAUCAUCCUUGAUGGUUAAAUGCUUUAGGCCUGCUUCAGCCUGGUUUUUCUAGUUCACUUGGAUCAGCCACUUCCAAGUAUUUUUUUUUUUUUUUUUUUCUGUGAAUUUGUACCUGGCCAGACAUUUAGUUUGCUCUAGCUUGCCUCUUUCUCCUUUAGCCUCAGAGGCUGAAUAAGGUUGUAAAUCAGGAGGAACAAAAAACCUAAAACUGGAAGUUAUCUAAUGGGGUGGUUUGAUGUUGAGCUGAUCUGGUCUCGUAUUUGAAUGACAGCAGACAUAUGUUGCAUGCCAACAGUGUUUGGUCACUGGGCUGCAGAACUAAAUGCAUUUCAGACCUAUAGAUGCUGUAGUUGCCUUAUUUGUUUUAUUUUCCCUUAGGUACCAAAGAAAAUAGGGUUUUGUUUUUUAAAUGCACAUCAACAUACUCUAGUCCACACUGUUGGAUUUAAAAAAACAAAACAAAAAAGCAAAUAAAAAUGGGAAAAUA